UCCCGUUACAGAUUCUUGCUCUGGCUGCCCUGAAUCAAGGUGCCGGGUAUUUUUCUGUGGAAAACGCUACGCAACUGCUGAAGGGAGUCCGGGAAAGGCUGUUGAAGAACUCUCACCAGCUGACUGAUGAAAAUCCCUUCUCUGGAGCAGCCCAGGAAACGGAGAACCCCCUGCGAGGAAAAUGCCAGAGGCAUCAAGGACAGCCCUGAUCUGCAGGGAAGUGCAGAAGCGCCGGUUCAGGCCAUUGGCAGCGGUGGCGAGACAGAGCAGGAAGAGGCAGGGGAGGCAGGCAGGCCAGAGCGUGCUGAUGGAGGAGUGCGGCGGCAGGCCACCGGUGAGGGCCAGAGCCAACGUUGCCACACCCUCAGCCAGAUCCUACUGAAGCUGAUGCAUCUGCUAGAGCUGCUUAGAGAUCAUCUGGAAGGUGGGGGCUCAAGCAGGCAGGUGGAGACCGGGUCCUCCUCCACUGACCAUGUGCCCUCGGGCGGGAGCCCUGUGAACACAGGAAGGCCCUCCAGGGCACUGAAGAAGGCACGUUCGAGGAACGAAGAGCUCCCAAGAAACAAAACCACCCACCAAGCUGAGCAAGUAUCUUUUCACCUUCGAAACACCCUCCUGGAAAGUGAGAUUCAGAAGUUGCUCCUGAAGCUCGAGGCAGAGCCUAAGCUGUGCGAAGAGCACAUCAAACACGUGGAGAGGAAGAUGAUGGAGGAGAAGGCACGCUGCCUGCAAGUGAAGAACAAACUGGCCAAGGUGCGCAGGAAGGCGGAUGCUGCCCACUGGAACUUAGGCCUCUACAGGAACAUGGCCCAGGACUUGCAUGGAGAAUGGCAGAAGAUCUCCUCCUUGCCUGAGCGGGAGCGCCUCCUGGUGGAGACCAGAUGGGAGGCGAGCCAGAAGGCUGUCCUGUGGGCAGAGAGGGAGUUCGGAAGGCUCCAGGCAGAAAACCAUUGCCUGAGGCAGAAGCUGGCCAACUCUGGGCCCAAGGUCCAGCCUGUCUCCGGGGGGCCUCCUGCUCCUGCUCCUGCUCCUGUCUCCGGGGGGCCUCCUGCUCCUGCUCCUGCUGUUCUGGGCACAGCCUGCAAAUACCGUCCAGGGCCCAAGGCUCCCCUGAAAGCCCAGAAGCCCAAGAAGGGAGCAAGGGUGCACUGGCCAGACUCCAAGUUCUCGGGUCCCCUGCGGGUCUGAUUCCCUUUCCCAGCAGCCACCGACACUCACAACCAAAGCACAAAAGCUCCUGUGCUUACCCGUGAAGCCAUACCCAUUGCUCCUUUCACUUGA